AUGAAGAACCUAAUGUAUCGUUAUUUCAUGAAGAAUCGAACCUACCGUUUUGUGAAUGUUUUGCAAGACUUGGUAAACAGUUACAACAAUAGACCUCACAGAUCAUUAGGUGGGAAUGCUCCAACCAAUGUGAACCAAGAAAAUGUCGAUGAAAUAAGACUCGAGUCUUAUCUUUCGGGGAAAACAAAACUAGAUCUGACCAAAAACGAUCUGAACCAGUCUAAUGAAUCAAGCAAAACAAAAGUGAAAAAAAGAGUGAAACCCUUUUUCAAAUUAAAAAUUGGAGAUAAUGUCAGAAUAUCACAACUAAAAUACCCUUUUCAAAGAGACUACCAACAGAAAUGGACAGAAGAGUUUUUUAAAGUGAGUGAAAGAUACAAACGCGGUCAAUUACCUGUGUACAAGGUAAAAGAUUUAGCAGACGACCCUAUAGAAGGUACAUUCUAUGAGCCUGAGCUUCAAAAAGUCAUAAAGUCAGAAGACGUUUCUUAUAGAGUGGAGAAAAUUCUUAAAAGAAGACGUCGUGGUAAAGCCAAAGAGGUGUAUGUAAAAUGGGAAGGAUGGCCAAAAAAAUUUAAUUCAUGGAUUCCGGAGAGCUCUCUGGAAAAACAAUAA